CGCAGUCGCCUUUUCGCACGGACGGCCGCCGCGCGUAUCCGAACGCACCCGAAACCCGCGAAUUCAAAUUUCGAACAUUUCGAAAUCGCGCGUACUCAAGUGGCUCGUGAUUUUUUUUAAUUUAAAAUCAGUGUUGCUAGAUUGAUAUUGACGGAUUUUUUGUAGUUCUGUUUCUGCUUUUCGUCGUUUAUUCUUACGAUAACCUGUCAUAUGCCUGACGUCUCCGCGUCUCCAAAUCCAACAGUGUAUCAAACUAUGAGUAUAGAUUUCACUAGAUAACACUAUUUUCGUGAUGGCGUCAGCGGCUGUAUGGACCUUUGUGUUGUGUGUGGUGGGAAGGAGUUUAGCGUUGGACAAUGGUCUGGCCCUAACACCUCCGAUGGGGUGGUUGGCCUGGGAGCGGUUUAGGUGUAACACUGACUGUAAGAAUGAUCCUGAGAAUUGUAUAAGUGACCGCCUCUUCCGAACAAUGACGGACAUCCUCGUAUCGGAGGGCUACGCGGCGGCCGGAUACGAGUACAUCAACGUCGACGACUGCUGGCCAGAGAGGGAACGUGACCCUCGCGGCAGGCUGGUCCCGGACCGGGAACGAUUCCCGUACGGCAUGAAGAGCCUCUCUGACUAUGUACACAGCAAGGGUCUAAAGUUCGGCAUUUACGAAGAUUACGGUAAUUUCACGUGCGCCGGGUACCCGGGCGUCGUUGGACAUCUUGCCGGAGAUGCCGCCACAUUCGCGUCAUGGGGCGUGGAUUACGUGAAACUGGACGGCUGCUACGCCCUCCCUGCUGAUAUGGACCACGGGUACCCUGAAUUUGGACGCCAGCUCAACCUGACUGGGCGACAGAUGGUCUACUCUUGCAGUUGGCCGGUGUAUCAGAUAUACGCUGGAAUGCAGCCAAACUUCUCCUCCAUCAUCGAGCAUUGCAACUUAUGGCGAAACUUCGACGACAUCCAAGACUCCUGGGCCUCCGUCGAGUCUAUCAUAGACUACUAUGGAAACCACCAGGACGUGAUCGUACCGAAUGCCGGGCCUGGACAUUGGAACGACCCUGACAUGCUUAUCAUCGGCAACUUCGGCCUAUCAUACGAGCAGAGUAAAACCCAGUUCGCGAUAUGGGCCAUCCUCGCAGCGCCUCUACUGAUGAGUGUGGAUCUCCGGACCAUCCGGCCUGAGUACAAGGCCAUACUGCAGAAUAGGAAGAUUAUUGAGGUGGAUCAGGACCCGCUGGGGAUUCAGGGCAGGAGAAUAUACAAGCAUCGAGGCAUCGAAAUCUGGUCGCGCCCCAUCCUGCCCAUCCAAGGACAAUACUACUCGUAUGCUGUAGCGUUCCUCAACAGACGGACGGACGGGACGCCGUCUGACGUAGCUGUUACACUUCGGGAGCUGGGCCUGAACAACCCUGCUGGUUACAGGGUCGAGGACCUGUACGAAGACGUGGACUACGGUGUGCUGUCGCCGCAGACGAAGAUCAAAGUGAAAGUGAACCCCUCAGGUAGCGUGGUGAUCCUGCGCGCCGACGCGCAGCCCGCGUUCGCGUACAACGCCAUCCCGACGCGGACGCCCUACUCGCCGCUCAACGACGUGUUCCGGCUGAAGAAGUAGCGCCAUCUAGCGAGAACUGAACGCGAGUACAAUUGAAGGAGCAUUCCAUGAGGUUGUCUACCGCUGUCCUGUAUAAACGUCUAUUUUCCGAAGAAUUAAAAGUAUAGGAGUUUCUCUAGACUUAUAUUGACCGGUAUAUGGACCAUCGUAAAACCGUGAUUACCUUUUCUAUUGUUUUCGAGCUUCCAAAAUACAAUCGCGUUCAAAAUGAAGUUGCAGGCGUACAUAGGCUACGGAGACUGCUUGCCAUCAGGCGGGCCGUAUGCCACCGACGUAGUAAAAAAAACAAUCACGUUCCAUAUCCCCAUCAAUAUAAGUCUAGUGAAACUAACCGUGAAUCAUCCAAAACGGUUAUAGGAGUAUCUUUCUCUGUAUGGAGGGUAGAGGUAAGGAGAACUCUUUGUGUAUUAAUAAGUGUCCGUCAAAAAAAAUUCAAUAGGUGGCGCCACAAUACCUAGAAUAAUUUAUACAAAUAUUUCAAGUUACUGACAGCGCACUUCACUCCGUCAAUAACGGCUAAGUUCAUGUCCUAUAGCUACCUACUCUAGCGUCAAUCUGAAGAGAUUCGGAACUGUUAUUUAUAGCUGACAGCUGGACACUUUUGUAGCUUUUCUCGCAUUAGAGAGUUUUCUCCUUACAUUUCUUUGUGACACAUGGUCCAAAAUAUGUCCUGAAAAUAAUCAUCGGCUUUAAACACCAAAAAACCGACUUUCACGAAAUAAAAUGCGUUUGUACGGGCCGGCUUGUGGAAUGCUGAAGUGGGGUUAUGGUGUAGGGGUAAGGUUCGUUUUCGUGUGACAAGAGACAGUGAUUCGUACAAUUGGCGUUUGUCUAUCAAUCUGUGAAUUAAUAGUUAAAAUUAUUGAAAAUCUGCACACAGCAGUGGGUCCGGUCAAUUUCGAGAGAAGCCGUGCGAAACGAAAAUGUAUUUACCUACACGAACCCAACUUUUCAACCCUCGUAACUUUAUUCAAUUACUAGUUUGUUCGUGUACCUAUUUAAAUAGCCUGUGAUGGAAAGAAAAUAUUAGUUAUUGUUUGAUGUCAAUAACUCAACUUGGAACCUAAUAUUAUUUGAGAAUAAAAUAUACCUAUUUAAUUAUAGAAAUAUGAAAACUGAAUUUGCCUUUAAUCUAAAGAUACUCUAUUAAAUACAUCUAAAUAUCGGCUAAAACAAUAAUUACAGUCGAAUUUAGAACUUUUAAUUUAUGUAAGAAAUCGAAAAAGGUGACAUGAUACCAGUGAUUUUAUGCUUUAUCGAAAUUUAUUAAAAAUAAUGAAAGACGAUCGUUAAUUGAGAAGUGGACCUUAUCCCUCUACCAACUGAUAGAUCCUGUUGUAAAUGUGCCCAGUGGCUCCCAGUCUGUUCUCUGUUGUAAUAUUGGUGUCUGUAGUUACCAUAGAGGCGGAACCCAUAACGGAAUAGUAUGCAUGUAUUUAGCUAACUGGGAUCGGUAUUUUAAAAAUGAUGGGAUGCGUGGCUUGUAGAAAUAUCCGUUUAGCCUAAGGCUUGGCAAUAAAACUACAAAAACAAACAAAAUUGACAGCCGCAAUAUUGGAUAUCAUAGAAACCCUAGCGUUUCGGAAGAAAAAGUUAAUAAGGUAUUUGGUGUCCUGUCGUUUGGCCAAAAGAUGUUUAGCAAAUUGACACUUGGCAACCAACUACUGGCAAAAUUAUAUUUUAGCAAAUCAUUUUUUUACAACAAUAUUUUUGACAAAUUAUUCUUAUUACCAAAUAAUUAACUAAUAAAAUUUCAUUUCAUAACAGAUCUUUUUGACAAAUGAUUAUUUAACAACAAAGUUAACAAAUAAAUCUAUCAUUGGUCAAAAAAUGUUUGCUAUAAUGUAUUAUUUGACAUGUGUUUCUGUACUAAUAAACUGUAAGCGAGCCAGACCUGUCGGGGCAAUCCGACUCGGAUAGGUGAGGUUAGAAGCCUAAGGCGGGAGCUUUGCUCCCGCCUUAGGCUUCGAGGUUAUUUUUUUUUUAACAACGCGAAAAAUGUAAGCAACGAUUGCUUGCUUGUCUUGCAACUAAGUAACUUACCUCAAAAUAAUCUGGCCCAAAUGAAAAUUGCAACCAUGCAGAAUUAUUCCCUCAAAGUUUGGUGAAUGUAUAAAUUUGCUAAACAUAUUACUAGGUGACAUGAAAAAUAUAAAAUUGAUACUUUGUAUUUUGACAUAUUGUAAUAAUGUAUUAUUUACUAAAUGAUUAUUUGUCAAGUGACUUUUUGUAAAAUGAUACAUUUGCGGAAUAACAUAUUUGCCAAAUAAUACUUUGGUGAAACGUUUUUUGUAAAAUGAAAAUUUGCCAACAUUGUUUUGGUUAAACAUUAGUGAACCAAGGUAUUUACUUUUGAGGUUAGAAAAAAAAUAAUCUUAACCCUUUGAACGCUUUAUGUUUUAAACACAAACACCAGCCAAACGCCAAGCUGCCCGGCGCAAGCGAGCUAAUGUAAACCCUACUUGAAAGUGUGAAGGUUACUUUGAUAGCGUCCGCCAUAACACCUAAAGGUGUCCUUGGCGCUAUGGGCACGACUAGUAACGACGACUUUACGUGUCCUUGGCGUUCAAAAGGUUAAAAAUGGGGUAUAGAAGAGUGCACCGCUGUGGGUUCCCGUCAUAUUAUUUUGGUUAUCUUGCCUUAGUUUACAGUUAUUUAUAUUUCAUUUCAGUGUGAUCAAGUAGAACAGAAUUGUGUAACAAAUGUGAGGAUCGUUUUUGCCAUUGCGUGUUAGAGUAAGGAUGUACAUUUUUAGGUGCCUGUAAUUGUAAGUUUUUUUGUAAAGAAUAUAAUAAAUAAUUAUACAUGUAA